AGGAAAUAUUCAAAGUAAUCGACGAAAUCGUCGGGAAGAACGAGAGUUAUGGUCAGUGGUUUGGAAAGAUGAAUUUGUUUUUAGGUAUAUGUGUAAUUGUAUGUGGUGUCUAUGUGAGUAUUCUUAUUGUGGUGGGGUUAUUGUUUUCGACGGCUCUUUUAGUGCAUCUAGUUUGUAGAUUAUUUAUGCGUGUAGGGAUUGGUAUAAUUGUAACGGUUUCGUAUGGUGAAAUCUGUGUAAUCUUGCGAUUUUGCGUAGGAUUUGGCUUUCGGUCGUCACAAUUUUGUACUUAAGAUGUUGUCAAUGUGUUAAAUAUAUUACUAUUUUAAAUGUGCUACUAUUUUACUUAUACAAUUUUCAGAGGUACCUUGAGGCGUCAUGAAUGGUUGCAUACGGGCGUACGUCCAUUUGAAUGUUCGACUUGCAGUAAACGUUUUGCCAUAAAAUGGCAGUUGACCAGUCACCUACGUGUCCAUACCGGAGAAAAACCAUACGAAUGUCUAGUGUGUCAGAAAAGGUUUCCAGAAAAAUACCGUCUUGAUCUACAUAUGCGCGUUCAUGCGGAAGAAAAACAAUUUAAAUGUGAAACCUGUGGACAAGGAUUUACUCAAGAGAAUAUUACACAAACAUUGGGCAUCUUCUAUAGUUGGUCUGUGAUUGUAGCAGUCUGCAUUUCAUCCAAGUAUGGAGCAGCAGCCUCUUAUUCACUGGAAGCAGAAACAAAAAGAAUUGGCUAACCCGAGAAAGAUUGGGAAGUUAAUUUUGACCCUAGCAAUGACAAGAUGGGAUGUCUGACCUGGUAUCCUUUCUCAAUUUGGUUUGCUUUCUACAGAUAAUUAAGGUAAUAUUACAUAGUUAAGUUAAUAUUAAUUAGUCACACGUUAUUAAUGUGGUGUCAAUUUAGUUAACAAAAGAUCCCAUGGAG